AUGGGCAUUUCCCCCGCUUUCCGUCUCGGUGGGAGAUUCUCCCGGCCAAGUCCUGUUCUGCUUGCACGAAGAACCGCCCCAUUUAACCGGUUCAACCAGUUGACCUUGGGACGAAUGGCCUCCAACACCGCCGAACCGCGUUUCGCCGAGGGUGAACAUGCGGCGCAGCUGGGCCCAGAGACGCAGACUCUCCUGCAGCAACAGGGAUGGGCACUAGACACUGACGGAAUGGGAGUCACCAAGACCUUCCAUUUCAAAAGCUACUUCAAGGCUGUGUCCUUUGUCAACCUCAUCGCCUCUGAAAGCGCGGCGAAGAAGCACCACCCCACUAUGACCGUGCGGAUCGGCUCCGUCGAUGUGCACUGGACGACGCAUCGCCCGCGCGGCCUCACUCACAAAGACAUCACGAUGGCUCGGCAUUGCGAUAAUGGCGCCGGGCUGAUGGGUGCAGUCGAGUCCGGGCAAGGAUUGACGUGCGGACCAACUCAGUAG